AUGUCCUUGUAUCGAAGCUCGAUCUCAAGACAGCUCAUUUGCAAUACUGUCCAAGGAAUUAGAAUUAUAUCGCCACUAGCAGAUAUCUCUCCGAACCGACAAAGAAAUUAUUCAGAAAAUUGCGUUCACAUUACGGAAGUCGGUCCUAGGGAUGGAUUACAGAAUGAGACGAAGAUUAUCCCUCUUUCCACAAAACUCGAGCUCAUUCGAAAAUUAGUCAAUACGGGUCUCACAAGAAUUGAAGCUGGAUCUUUUGUAUCCCCGAAAUGGGUUCCGCAGAUGGCAGAUUCUAAUGAAAUUCUGAAGCACAUUCUUGAGAUGAGUCAGGGAGCGAAUGACGCGGUAGAAUAUUCUUUUCUCACGCCAAACAAACAUGGUCUUGAUUCUGUUCUCACUAUACUAAAGGAUUACCCGAAAUCUAAGGAUUCUCUGGCCUUACAUUGCCCUGCAACUUCUAGACCAGCGAUAAAAAUUGCAGUCUUUGCCGCCGCAACAGAAACCUUUUCCCAAAAAAAUCUAAACUGUUCUAUUGCAGAAUCUCUUGAACGAUUCAGGCCAGUAAUAAGCAUGGCCAAGUCAGCUCAUCUGCCUAUUCGUGCUUACAUCUCUGUGGUCCUAGGAUGCCCUUAUGAGGGUCUUGUAUCACCAUCAAAGGUGGCCUCACUUGCGACUAGUCUCCUCUGUAUGGGCGCUGAUGAGAUUGAUCUUGGUGAUACUACGGGUAUGGGGACAGAACCAGCUACGACAGAACUGUUGCGCACUAUUCAGAUUGCUGGAGUACCCUGCGAGAAGCUGAUUAUGCAUUUUCACGAUACCUAUGGAAUGGCGUUGAAAAAUACAGUGGUGAGCCUGGAACAUGGUGUAAGAAGCUUUGAUUCCAGUGUAGCAAGCCUUGGCGGCUGCCCAUAUAGUCCAGGCGCUACUGGGAAUGUUGGGACAGAGAAUUUAAUUGAAUUUUGUGUGGGUCAGGGAAUGAAGACGGGGGUGGACAUAAAUGCUUUGAGAGAUGUGGGUAAAUGGAUUGGUCAGAUUGUGGGAUGCAAUACUCGAAGCAAGAUUAACGUUGUUUGA